CAGGCUCCUUUCUCUCUCUUCCUGAAAGUGACGAUUUCCGCUCGGGAUUGGAUCCCGGAAGCACUGGCCGUUCUUCGCCGGUGUGUGUGGAGAGACAUCUCUGGGGCGAGCCAGGGGCCUGCGCUCGCCUCCCGCUGCUCUUAGGCUUGGAUCAAGGGCCGCCCGACUAUGGCGACCCCCGCGCCGCCCAAGAAGAUCCUGGCCCCCACGGUGUCCCAGAUCAACGCCGAGUUCGUAACCCAGCUAGCAUGUAAGUACUGGGCUCCACAUGUCAAGAAUAAAUCUCCCUUCGAUUCAAAGGUCAUUGAAGCCAUAUAUGAAAAAGAGAUCGUCAGAUCAAGGUUUGCCAUUCGGAAAAUAAUGCUUCUGGAAUUUAGCCAGUACCUUGAAAAUUACCUGUGGAUAAAUUAUUCCCCUGAGGUGUCCAGCAAGGCCUAUUUAAUGUCGAUCUGCUGUAUGGUGAAUGAGAAGUUCAGAGAAAAUGUCCCUGCGUGGGAGAUUUUUAAGAAGAAACCAGAACACUUCCCUUUCUUUUUCAAGUGCAUCUUGGAAUCAGUACUUAUUGAAAAUGAAGAUGAAUUUUCUCUGCAGGAACAGACAAUCCUAUUACUCUUUCUUGAUCAUUGCUUCAAUAGCUUGGAAGUGGAUCUGAUCCGGAGUCAAGUACAACAGCUUAUUUCUCUGCCAAUGUGGUUGGGUCUACAACCUGCACGUUUGGAAUUAGAAUUGAAAAAGACGCCCAAGCUUAGAAAAUUCUGGAACUUGAUAAAAAAGAAUGAUGAAAAAAUGGAUCCAAAAGCACGAGAACAGGCCCAUAAGGAGCGAAGAUUCCUUUCAGAGCUUAUCCAGAGAUUCAUAUCUGUGCUGAAAUCAGUUCCACUUUCUGAAACCCUCACUAUGGACAAAGUACAUUACUGUGAACGAUUUAUUGAGCUGGUGGUUGAUCUAGAGGCCUUGCUCCCUACACGGCGCUGGUUUAACACAGUGUUAGAUGACUCCCAUCUUGUGGUUCACUGUUACCUGUCCAAUCUUGUCCGUAGAGAAGGUGAUGGUCAUCUUUUUUCCCAGCUUUUAGAUGUGCUUAAAUUUUACACUGGCUUUGAAAUUAAUGACCAGACUGGGAAUGCUUUGACAGAAAAUGAGAUGACAACAAUUCACUACGAUAGAAUUACUUCCUUACAGAGAGCUGCUUUUGCACAUUUCCCUGAAUUGUAUGAUUUUGCCCUUUCAAAUGUGGCAGCAGUGGAUACUCGUGAAUCUUUGUUAAAGUUUUUUGGACCUCUUAGUUCAAACACACUCCACCAGGUGGCAUCAUAUCUUUGCUUAUUGCCAGCCCUUCCUGAAAAGGAAGACACAACUUUUGAUAAGGAAUUUCUUCUGGAAUUGUUGGUUUCCCGUCACGAACGUCGAAUUUCUCAAAUUCAGCAACUUAACCAAAUGCCUUUGUAUCCAACUGAGAAAAUUAUUUGGGAUGAAAAUAUUGUCCCAACUGAAUAUUAUUCUGGGGAAGGUUGUCUGGCUCUUCCCAAGCUAAAUUUGCAGUUUUUGACUCUUCAUGACUAUCUGCUAAGAAACUUCAAUCUGUUCCGGUUAGAGUCAACUUAUGAGAUAAGACAGGAUAUCGAGGAUGGAGUCAGCAGAAUGAAGCCUUGGCAGUCGGAAUAUGGAGGUGUGGUAUUUGGUGGUUGGGCUCGAAUGGCUCAGCCUAUUGUAGCUUUCACUGUAGUUGAAGUUGCCAAACCUAACAUUGGUGAAAAUUGGCCGACUCGAGUACGUGCAGAUGUUACCAUCAAUUUGAAUGUCAGAGACCAAAUCAAAGAUGAAUGGCAAGGUUUGCGCAAGCAUGAUGUUUGUUUUUUAAUUACGGUACGACCCACGAAGCCUUAUGGCACCAAGUUUGACCGGAGGCGACCUUUUGUGGAGCAAACUGGUCUGGUGUAUGUCAGAGGCUGUGAGAUCCAGGGCAUGCUGGAUGAUAGAGGACGUGUCAUUGAAGAUGGACCUGAACCCAAACCUAGACUAAGAGGAGAUUCAAGAACUUAUAGAGUAUUUCUUGAUCCAAACCAGUAUCAGCAGGAUAUGACCAAUACUAUCCAAAAUGGAGGGGAAGAUGUGUAUGAAACUUUUAAUAUCAUCAUGAGAAGAAAACCAAAAGAAAACAACUUUAAGGCUGUAUUAGAGACCAUUCGGAAUCUGAUGAAUACGGAUUGUGUGGUACCUGACUGGCUACAUGACAUCAUCCUAGGAUAUGGAGACCCAAGUAGUGCCCAUUACUCGAAAAUGCCUAAUCAGAUUUCCUGUCUUGAUUUCAAUGACACUUUUCUUUCCAUUGAUCACUUAAAAGCCAGUUUUCCUGGUUAUAAUGUCAAAGUGACAGUGGAUAACCCAGCCCUACAGGUACCCCCUUUCAGGAUAACUUUCCCAGUAAGAAAUGGAAAAGGGAAGAAACGGAAAGAAGCAGAUGGAGAAGAUGAAGACACUGAAGAAGCUGAAACUUUAAUUGUUGAGCCUCAUGUUAUUCCUAAUAGAGGUCCUUAUCCUUAUAAUAAACCUAAACGCAACACUAUUCAGUUUACACCUACUCAAAUAGAGGCCAUACGUGCUGGAAUGCAGCCUGGAUUGACUAUGGUUGUGGGACCACCUGGUACAGGUAAAACUGAUGUUGCUGUCCAGAUCAUAUCUAAUCUGUACCACAACUUCCCAGAACAGAGGACUCUAAUUGUUACUCAUUCAAAUCAGGCCCUGAACCAGUUGUUUGAGAAAAUCAUGGCUUUAGACAUUGAUGAGCGCCACCUUCUUCGUCUUGGUCAUGGAGAGGAAGAACUGGAAACAGAAAAAGAUUUCAGCAGGUAUGGAAGAGUGAAUUAUGUUCUGACUCGAAGGUUAGAACUUUUGCGGGAAGUUGGAAGAUUGCAGGAGAGUUUGGGAGUUCCAGGGGAUGUCUCUUACACUUGUGAAACAGCAGGCCACUUCUUCUUAUACCAAGUAAUGUCUCGAUGGGAAGAAUAUAUUAGUAAAGUAAAAAGCAAAAGUAAUAAGAUGCCUGAUGUUACAGAAAUCUCCAGCUUCUUCCCUUUUCACAAAUAUUUUGCAAAUGCUCCUCGGCCCAUUUUCAAAAGCAAAUCCUAUGAAGAAGAUAUGGAAAUUGCUGAAGGGUGUUUCAGACAUAUUAAGAAAAUCUUUACUCAACUUGAGGAAUUCAGAGCAUUUGAACUACUUCGCAGUGGACUAGACAGAUCUAAAUACCUUUUGGUGAAGGAGGCCAAAAUCAUAGCCAUGACUUGUACUCAUGCUGCUUUGAAACGACAUGACUUAGUGGAAUUGGGUUUCAAGUAUGAUAACAUCUUGAUGGAAGAGUCUGCUCAGAUUCUGGAGAUAGAAACCUUUAUACCCCUUCUUUUACAGAACCCACAAGACGGUUUCAGCAGACUUAAACGAUGGAUUAUGAUUGGUGAUCACCAUCAGUUGCCUCCAGUCAUUAAGAAUAUGGCCUUUCAAAAGUAUUCUAACAUGGAACAAUCACUCUUUACUCGUUUUGUUAGAGUGGGAGUUCCCACUGUGGACCUUGAUGCCCAAGGACGAGCCCGAGCGAGCUUGUGCAAUCUGUACAACUGGCGUUACAAGAAUCUGGGAAACUUGCCUCAUGUACAGCUCAUGCCAGAGUUCAGAACAGCAAAUGCUGGACUUCUCUAUGACUUCCAGCUCAUUAAUGUGGAAGAUUUCCAUGGAGUAGGCGAGUCUGAACCUAAUCCUUACUUUUACCAGAAUCUUGGGGAGGCAGAGUAUGUAGUGGCACUUUUUAUGUAUAUGUGUCUACUUGGUUACCCUGCAGAUAAGAUUAGUAUUCUUACAACAUAUAAUGGACAGAAGCAUCUCAUUCGGGAUAUAAUUAAUCAGCGUUGUGGGAGCAACCCGUUGAUUGGAAGGCCAAAUAAGGUGACAACAGUUGACAGAUUUCAAGGUCAACAAAAUGAUUAUAUACUUCUUUCUCUAGUACGAACCAGAGCAGUGGGCCACUUGAGGGAUGUUCGUCGUUUAGUGGUGGCCAUGUCGAGAGCCAGACUUGGGCUUUAUAUCUUUGCAAGAGUGUCCCUCUUCCAGAACUGCUUCGAACUAACUCCAGCUUUUAACCAGCUCACAGCCCGCCCACUUCAUUUACAAAUAAUUCCCACAGAGCAUUUCCCUACCAACAGAAAGAAUGGAGAGCAGCCAUCUCACCCUGUUCAGAUAAUAAAAAAUAUGCCCCAGAUGGCAAACUUUGUAUAUAACAUGUACAUGCUUAUGAUCCAGAGUACACAUCAAUAUAAUCAGGCUUUGUUACCUCCACCAGCUAUGGUAGAAGAAAGUGAUGCAGUUCAAAAUCAGGAAACAGAAAUGGAAACUGAAGUAGAACCUACUCAUCUACCAGCAGAGGCCACUCCCACCCCAGCAGAGGCCACUCCCACCCCAGUAGAGGCCGCUCCCACCCCAGCAGAGGCCACUCCCACUACAUCAGAGACCACUCCCACCACAGCAGAGGCCACUCCCACCACAGCAGAGGCUACCCCGAUAAUGGCAGAGAGCAUAAAGACAGAUUCCAGGCCUGUUUCAGGAGAGGUUCCUUCCCUUUUGGCAGAAGAGACCUACAACAGAGACUGACCAGUAAACCUAGUAUCUAUAUUUGAAAGGAACACUAUUCAUUUCUGUCUAAAGAUGGUGUUACUUUUCUGCUUUCAUGUUUGUCUCUCCUACUUUGAGAAGACUGACUUAAUGCUGAAUUCAUGUUAUUGCUACACUUUCUGUGUAAAUAAUUGGUUUGUUGUUUCUUUUUUUUUUUUUUUUUUUUACUGUUCCAAAUAUUAGGAUCCAAGGAUCUAUUAAAAAAUAUUUUGCAGCCUUGUUUGACUUAUUACAUCUCACAAAGGGCAACUCAUUAGUAAUCUAAGGCAGAAACAAAAAACAUUAAAACUAGAUGAUGAAAAACACUAAGUAGAUGUUAAAAUGGGGAAGAAAAAGGAGUAAUUGAAACACCUCAAUAUCCAAAGAAGAAUUCCUCUUUGAUCUGGAGUGUCUACUGGACCCUCCAUCACAACAGCACAUACAUAUGGCAAGCAUACAUUUUCUUGUUUCAUUCCUUAUGUAAUGUUUAACUAACAGAGGCUCAUUAAACAGGAUUAUUUCUAUUACAUAUUCCAAGGAAUUUUGAAUGGUUUUGAUAUAUGAUUGGGAGAUACCUUAUUAAAAAAAAUCUCUGAGAAAA